CAAUGCAACAACUUUCAUGUAUCAUUUCUAUUUUUAUAUGAGCAUUCAUUCAUCAUUUAUUUAUUCACUGGCCACUUGUUACACAGUUACAUACAUUAAAAUGUACUUUAAAACUCCAACAUGCUGAAUGUGUAAAAGUUUGUAAAGCUGGUGUUUUUCAGGAAGGCUCCAGUGAGAAAUAAUGGUUCCAGUCAGUGUUUAGGUUUAAUCCUAAAUGACCCUACAGGACGCAUAGUGCACUACAUAGGGCGUAGACGCCGGUCAUUCAUGCGCGUGAUAGUGUACUUCUAUAGGGUUUACUGAGUCAUUUGGGAUUCAGCCUUAUGUUUAUAACCAAACUCCUCUGAACUGGAUUGAAUUCGGUUUGUUUUUUGUGACACAAAUGGGAGGUUUCAUACAGUGCUAUGAUCUUAAAUCCAGUGUUUUGGUGGAGCAAGUCGCCAUCACUGACCCUGAGCGCGGAGAGGAGAAACACUGACACUAGCACAUCCAUGUCAGGACUCCAUACUGCUUUAAAGUCACCGUGGAAACCCUGUCCUCCAGCCCGAAUCUGUUAACCAUGAGCGGAGAGACACACCGCCGUCGUUUCCGCUUGUAACCCGCUCAGUUUCCGUCAUGAGCUCGGACAUGGAGGCAGAGAGCUGGGCUGAGUGCAUGGAUGUGGCCGUGAAGACAGCGCUCAGAGCCGGCCAGACGGUCCGGGUGUCCAUGAUGCAAGAGAAGCGUGUGAGCAGUAAAAGCACUCCGACAGACCUGGUGACAGAGGCUGACCAGCAAGUGGAGGAGCUGAUCAUCUCCACGCUCAGGGAGCACUUUCCCUCACACAGGUUCAUUGGAGAGGAGUCAUCUGCUGCAGGAGAGAAGUGUAUUCUCACAGAUAACCCUACAUGGAUAAUAGAUCCUAUUGAUGGCACUUGUAACUUUGUUCACAGUUUUCCCAUGGUUGCAGUAAGCAUUGGCUUUGCAGUAAAGAAACAGCUGGAGUUUGGUGUCAUAUACCACUGUUUGGAUGGAACGUUAUACACUGGAAGGAGAGGUCACGGGGCAUUUUGCAAUGGAGUCCGACUCCGCGUUUCAAAGGAGAAAGAUGUUUCCAAAGCCCUAAUUCUAACAGAGAUUGGGGCAAAGAGAGAACCUCACACACUGGAUAUCUUUUUGGGGAACAUGAAGCAGUUGCUGAGUGCACCAGUCCAUGGAGUAAGGAUCAUAGGCAGCUCAACUCUAGCACUGUGUCAGGUUGCGACCGGAGCAGCUGAGGCGUACUACCAGUAUGGUCUACACUGCUGGGACAUCGCUGCAGCAGCGAUUAUCAUCACUGAAGCAGGCGGCUGUGUGAUCGACACCACAGGGGGUCCUCUUGAUCUCAUGUCUCGCCGUGUUGUAGCUGCUGGCUCCCAGGAGAUAGCAGAUUACAUCGUCCAGCGGCUCAAGCCAAUCAACUACGGACGUGAUGACGAAGACCCUUGACCCAGUGACCGGCCUUGAGCCCUUCAUCAGCAAAUCUCAGCCUUUUACCUCAAAUCCCUACAAUCCUGCCAUUUUAUCUGCAGUGUCCUUUAUGCAAUGCUCUUUUUUUAUAGAGUUCAUGAUUUUUUUUUCCGUAUCUCCACCAGAGGACUAAAGUAAUGCCGUAUAUUGCAGUUCCUGAGGAAAUAUAUGAGUGAACAAACUGAACCUAAAAACUUACCGCACUGCAUGUUCCUGAGCAUUAGAAACAAUAACCAUUAUAUAAUAACACUAAAUUAGCAUAAUGUAAACAUAUAAAAACGAUCAUCAUUGUGUUUAUUUAUUAACACCAGUGUGAACAGCUUUGCUUAUGUAAUUUACUGCGUGUUGCCUCUUGCAUGGGCAACGAAGUUCAGUGUAUUCCUACAGCUUCAGAUGUUAGGUUUGGGAUGGACAGUUUGUCAUACAGUACAUGCUGUUCUGUAGCAAACGAAAAAGCAUUCAACGUAAGGAAUUGACGUUUCCUGCUGUGGGUCCAGUAUUUUAUCAUAGUGAAUAAUGCACAAGAAUAAUCUUAGUGUAGCUCCCAUAAAGCCUUCACCAUGUGACAGGAAUAUGAAGUGGAUUAUUCUUUAUACCAUAAAGCCACAGCACCUGUGUAUAAAUAGAUGCUGUGGAUAGAACGUUCAGGAGUAAUUUCACUUGGAUUAAAUGAUUCAACCAAAAAGAACAUUCAGGAAAUUAUCACUAUGCCUACACACUAAAAUGCUUAUUUCUUUGAAAGUGUAUUAAGAGUGUACUAUAGUCACUGUAACAGCUUGCAAUGAUUACUAUGCUGUCAUUUUUUUAGUAACCCAUCACUACAUGCAGACUCCAUAUGUACUACCCUGCCCGUACCCCAUCUCAUUCAGGCAGGAAUUUGAAUUAUCCACUCAGCCAAUCACAGCGCAAUGCACAAACUAAUGCAGUCAAGGGCCUCAGUUAUUGUUCACAUCAGAAUGAAGAAAAAAUGCGUUCUUGGUUACUUUCAACUAAAGCGUGGUUGUUGGUGCCAGACAGGUUGGUUUGAGUAUUUCAGAAAUUGCUGAUCUGAGAUAAAGGACAUUUGAGUAGAUCAGGGGUGUCCAGUCUUAUCCAGAAAGGGCCGGUGUGGGUUUUCAUUCCAAUCAAAUCCAACCAAGUUGAUCUUGGCUUUCAAUAGACUAUAAGGUGUGGCUUCUGCUUGGUUGGAAUGAACAUCUGCACCCACACCGGCCCUUAGCAGACUACACCCCUGGUGUAUACUGUCUUCAUGAACUGUAAUUAAGGUUUUAGUCUGAGUUUGAGUGGCCAGUGUGUUUGGCUUUUAAAUGUAUGGGAUUCCUAAAGCUAAUCUGCUGUUUUAAUAUUCAUGGUUUACCUUUUUAUGUAUUUUUUAAUAGGCUACUACACAAACAACAAUUUGUCCCCUUUAAGGGCAAUACCUCUGUGUGUGUUAGAAGAAUAUUUCCUUCUGAUCCCAUCUCUUGUUGUGAACUGAAAACUAAUGUACACAUAGUACUCCUCUUUUAUUGCCUAAAAGUUAGCACCUGUAUGAAUUUUUGGCGGUCAUGCAGUCAAUAUCCACUGUGUGUUUCAAUUAAAUUACAAAUAAAGUUUGAAGACAUGAUGACUAAUUAUUUACUUAUUUUUUAUGAAUAAUACGUUGAUAAGCAGAAGAAUUCAUUAAAUUGUCUCAACUAAACACUUUAAUCCGGUCACCAUCACAUGUCCCUCGAAAAACUGGGUGUGAGGCUAUGGAUGGGGUGCCAUGGAUGAGAUUCCACAACACACACACACGCACACUCAUACACUCAUUUACACCCAGGGGACAUUUACUGAACUUGUGGAUCAUUAGAUUCAAGUUGGAACUAAACAAAUCCAGAAAUAUCAGAUUUUUAAAAGCAGGACUCAACUCCACCAAUCUAGAUUAUAAUAUAUCCUUGGCUUUACUUUGCCUUGGUAACUUUGACAUCCAUUUCAACCAUUUCAGUGUAACAAUUUAGUUUGAGCUAAUACGAUUAGGAAAGAUCAACUUCUAAAUCUAUAAAAUAUAAGUCUAGUAAAGGCAGAUUGUGCCAGCCUCAUUUCUUACAUUU